AAGUUCAAACGUACGUACCGCUGAUACCCCAUCCUUAUCCUCACCCCCCCUUUACUCCUCCUCUCUUAUUAUAACCCCACACUCCGAUACUCAAUACUUAUCAUCUAUCAUCACGCUUAUAUUUGCCCUUUUUGAAGCGCAUGGUUCUUGGAAAUUUUAGAGAUGGAGAAAGCGUUCGUUCCGCUGUUAAGCAAGCAUGGGAUCAUGGGUAGUGAUGGCCGCGUCGACCAUGGUCUUGAUGGGCAUCAUGUUGGCGAUGAGCAGGACGAUGAUAUUGGGUCUUUGAGCUCUUUCUCUGAUGAUGAUGAUGAUGAUGAUGAUGAUGAGGGGUCGGUUGACUCGGUUGGGUCCUCAUCGUCCGUGGAGUUCACUGAGGAUGCUGCUUCUUCAUCGGGCUCUUCGUCAUCGAAUGGGCCUCUAUUUGAGAUGUCUUCUCUAGUAUCGCAGCUGCCUUUCAAGAGAGGGCUAUCAAAGCAUUUUGAAGGCAAAUCACAAUCCUUCACAUCCCUAUGCAAUGUGAAGAGCUUAGAGGAUCUAAUCAAGCCAGAGAGAUCAUUCAAGAAGAGGCAACUCAAGUCAUCAAAGAGCUACGGAUGGGGCCUCGAUAGAUCUCUCUCCCCAAAGAAUUCAAUAUCAAAGAAGAGCUCAAAGGGGUCUUUCUCUUCCCUAGGCAACAUGAAGAGGCGCUCCAGUAGUAGUUUUGUAAAGCCUCCUUUCCCCCCGCAGAGAUCAGGGAGUCCAUCUGGCCAAACCCUUUUAGAGACAAUUGGAUAGAGAAUUGAUCCCAUCUUGUAUCUAAUGUAAAUUAAUCAUUAGCUUCUUAGUUAGGUUGUAACCCUUUAUAUAUAUCACUUCAGAUGUCAAUGGAAGAAGCACAUGAUGAGCAAGUUCCUAGAGUUUGUAUGUUUUGGGGGUUUGUGAUGAUUUGGUGACAUGAUUAAAGUCUAGUGUUUGGAGUUGCUAAAGGAUAUUUUAUGUAAAUGAUGUAGAGUAGGUAUAGAUAGAAGAAUGGGGAGAAAUGUUGUCCUUUUUUUUCCUUUUCCCUUUAUUGUUGUCCUUUUAUUUUCCUUC